AUGUCGGACAAUGAAGACUUGUUAGGUGACGAUUUAGGAGACCAGAGCCUUGCAGACUACAAUCUCGGCAAUGAAGAAGAGGAACAGCUAUUGGCAGACGACUAUGAGAACGCUGCACCACAAAAUGUACCGACUUCAAUUGGACCAGCUUUCAGAGAGCCUAUUGAUAAUAUGGUACCACAGCCGCAAGAAUAUCCAGUCCACGAAUAUGGCAGUCAGCCAAUUCCUUACCAACCCGUUGUUGAUACGGAAUGUGUGGUGCCCAACAUAACAGUGGAGGUAGGCAACGCUCCUGCACGAGACCAUUCAACAUACGCACCAUAUGAAGCACCAGUAUAUGAAGAACAUGCGGUUCCACCAGCAAUUCCAGCGGGACCUGUUGAAUCACCCCAAAUUGUUCCAUCAGACGUCAUAACCCCAAUUUCAAAUGGAUCACUCAGCGAUAUGGGCGACCUUGGUGCUCGUGAACGUUUUAUUUCAGAGAGACCUCCCGGGGUACAGAGGAUGCCUCAAGUCAGAGAUAUCCCGGACAGUUUAGAUAAAGUGGUAAUCCCGCGUGGUGGGUGGGGCGGGCCGGGCAGUGGGGGGCGCGGCCGCACGUCGUGGCGCAGCACCACGUUCCAGGCGCGCCAGACGCACCCCUACCGACGGAACAACAUGCACAGGGGCAACUUUAACCAACGCACGUCGUUCCCCCCACCUCAAAUCAGACCUAACCCUCCACAAAUGAGGCCAGAUAUCCGACCCGAAAUGAACCUUGAAUUACGCCCCGAAUUACGACCUGAAAUACCGCCCCAGUUACUGCGACCCGAUAUAAGAAUGGAACCAAAUAUUCCACCACAAAUGGGCCCGGAAAUAUCUCCUGAGCGCCCCAUUUUACCACAAGAAAUGCCCAUGUUCCGACCCCCUAUCGAACGACCCCAAUUCCUCCCACGUUUCCAAUACAGACAGGGUGUAGAAGAACGUCCCCAAUUUGGCCCCAGGCCGAAUUUCGAUCCACACUUCUUCAGACCUAGUUUUCCUCCAAGACAAUUUGCCCCACCGAUGCGUGAAAUUGUUUCUAACCCGGGCCACAUUCCUCAAGUGACGAUACGCCAGUCUUUACCAGUAAUGCCUGGACCUAGUUUGGACAAGAUGGGCCCAAAAGUGGAGCUGCUGAAAGAGCCAGAAGUCAGAAUGUUGCCUGUAUCGCUACCUCCUAAUUUGCCUCCGGGAGGUUUGGCAGGGAAAAAAGUGCUUAUCAACCCACAUUUCAAAGGGACUUUUCAACCGCCUGUUGAAGGGUUGCCAGUCUACAUACCGACUCGGAUUCAAAAGUCGCCGCCGCUCAUUGCAACCGUUGAGAACAAAUUCGGCCCAGUGAAAGACAUCGACGAUGCUGCUGAAAGGUUCAUCGCUGAACAACGGAACGCGUUAGCCAGAGCUGCGGUCAGGAAACAUACGAGGAGAUCACCUCAGAGGUACAUAGAGAACACAACAAUUGAGAUUGAGAAUGAGUUGGCCCACACACCUUACCGCAGGAACGAUGAUGACGAUCUACUCCGCAGGCAGGAGGAGUUCAUUAACGCGAAUAGAGCUGGGCUUAGACGGAGGAUGCGGACUCCUAGCCCGCCGCGCCGUUCUCCAUCCCCACGCCGCUCCCCUCUCCCCGAGCGCGAGAGGGGAACAGAUAGGGAUAGGGGAGGCGAUCGUGAGAGGAGACCACGUCCCGAAGAGACCAGACAUUAUGAUGAGGAUAGUGAUUACAAAAGGAGACUGAGGGAACAGGAGAGUCUGCGCGAGAGAGUGCUCAGAGCUAAAGAAGUGCGGCGCAGGAAGAACGCCGUAGCCUUACACAAACAACUUCAAGAAAAGGAACGCGAGACACAGGAAUCUGCACAAAAGCCGGAGCCCAAACCAGAAGUUCCUCCUGUGGAAAGCUCAGACAAGCCCACGAGCACUGAACAGGACAACAAACCGGACACCACACGAACUACACCUGACAAAGAGAAUAAGACAACGGAGAUAAUUAGAGAUAGAUCUCCUGUUAAGGAAGUGGCGCAAGUUAACUCUACUGUUGAAAACCUAACGCCACCUCGCAGAAUGCCUGUAAAGCAAGAAUCCCCAGAGCGAGCCUUAACCCCUCCCCUACCAGGAAAGAAGGACGACAAGAGAACUGACAGCGAUGAUGACCUAGAUCUAAUACUAGGUGACAUUGAUGGAAUCUUGAGUGAUGAUGAUGACACUGGACGGUUCAAGGAGAAGGCUAAGAAAUCGGAGCCGACGAAAUCUAAACCUCAAGUAGACCUCCGUUCUAAGCUGCCUCCCAAGACCUCCAGCAGCCAAGAAAGUAAGAAACCGCAAAGACAAAAGAUUGUCUUCAAUGAAGAGAGAGAGGAAAAGAGAAAGAGAGCAGAGAAAUCUCCACCUCGUCGUGCAGUUGUAACAAGUUCUACUAAGUCUGAGGACACGGAGAAUAUUGUUAUUAAUAAAAAAGUUAAGGCCAAAGCUAAGUUAGAUAACUUGACAGUCAAAUCCAGACAGAGAAUAACUUACGAAAACAAAGAGGCCGAGAAAGAGAGCGAAGAUAAGAAAUCGUCAUUCUCGAACCGGCGCGUGAUCCUGCAGCGCAAGGACGCGGGCGAGGCCAAGGCCACCGCCGGCAUCUUCAGCCGCGCCGUGCGCACCGCCCUCGCGCCGCACGUGCACUUCGACAGCGACUCCUCGGGGGAGGAGGGGGCGCCCGCCCCCCCCGCCCUGGCCCACGUGGCCGCCGUGGCCAACCUGCCGCCCGCCAUCACCGCCACGCGCCUGCGCACGCUCGCCGGCCCGCUCGUGCAGAGCUUGAUAUUGGACAAGGAAGAUCGUACAGCAAAAAUCACGUUCAAAACCCCAAGUGCCGCUGAAAGUUUCAAAAAGAAAUUUAACAACAAGAUGGUGGCAGCCAGCAGAUUGACCGUCACUUUACGCUAG